CGGUAAGCGCCUGGAAGAGCAGGCCAUUUAACCUUAAUAAGUCGAGUGCCCGUCAGCUUGCUUUGUGGUCCAAGUAUCGCGCGAGGCGACACCACUCCGCCUCAAUCCUGCCCUUGACCAUGGCAGAUAGGAUAUACAGCAAGCUUCCAUCAGAAAAUGUAGAAUUGUCGGCUUUACAAGGCCAAGGCUCGAGACGGAAUACCUUCAGGGGGCCAGAAUCUGAGAGCCUGGUAGGGCUACAAGAACAACCAUGCACAACUUCGACGUGGGGUGUGGGUUGGCGAACACCAUUUUUGAUGGCGCUCUUCUAUCUCAUUGCUCUACUACUUGCUUUUCUCCAUCUCGGAUUAUUCCUCUUUUUGAACCACAAGCCAGCUGUUGGAAAGGAUCGAGCGGCACCACAAUCCUACGUCUCUACAGCUUCAAAUAUACUUUCCAAUACCUUCGGAUUAAGUCUCAAAACCUCACUCGCGAUUGCAUCUACUCAACUUCUCUGGUAUACACUUCGCAGAUCGCCCUUACCAGUUUCGACUAUUGAGUCUCUGUUCCAACUCCGUUUCAACCCAUUCCUGAUCUUCGAUCGUCUCGUCAUUACACGUGGCCCCAUUCUCGUUAUGAUAGCAAUCACGAUAUGGUCUAUUCAAAUUGCUGCAAGUUUCCCACCAGGGGCCUUAACAAUUGCCACAGCGAACAAAACAUCAACUAACGCCCUGAGUAUCCCCACGUUUAAUGCUUCAUUUUUUGGAAAUGGGUCGGGCUAUGAUGCUCAGAAGUAUUCCUUUAACGGCUUUACAGGCAGCUUGUACACCGACACUGCCAACACAACAAUUUAUCCCUCCACAGAUGAAUCUGGGAGGUUAUCCACACCUUAUGUGCAAAAUUUGGCCAUACACACAAUGGUUAAUGGUGCUCCGAGCCUUCUCUCUUCCCCAUGUGGAGCGAACUGUUCUUUCACCCUGGCCCUCGAUAUCCCAUACCUGGAAUGCCACAGUACCAUCUCCAAUGUCUCUUUCGAAGGUAAGGGCUUGGUAUUUGACUUCCCUGUUUUCAACGCAACUUGGUCAGGAUAUGUUUUCAACGUAACCACAUAUUAUACAUUUUCCGCAAAAACCCUCGACAACAGUACAUGGUCCGCUCUUACACAAGCAAACAAUACAGUCUGCACACCAUCCCGAGCAAACUAUACACUUGAUAUUAUGUACGAAAACAGUGUCCAAAAUGCGAGCAUCUCGAGGGGCCUGGUCACACCAUUGAACCUGUCAUCGCCGGCUCCGGCUCCACCAACAAGCUCAGAAGCACCACCAACCGUCGCGGCUGGUCUAGCUGUCGUGUUUCCGGGAUUCAUGGGAGAUGUACCUGUACCAAGCGGAUAUCCCCUUUCUUGGUAUGGAACAGAAGCCCUUAGGUGGACACCACCAUUUGUUUCCUGGUACCGCGACCUGCAACUCAUGGCUCUGAUCACCGGGAUGGCAGACUCUCUCGCCGGAAAUGUCAUAUACACACAGCCUGGAAUAGGCAAUCUUGGGACCGUAGCACCAAACACGCGCAUCAACACCGGCAACGGAAUAUACGUUCAAAACGUACCCGCAUCGCUCACCAGCUUGGACAUUCCAAGAGCCGUAAGAACGUACCACUACGUUGUAACACCAGACCUGCUCAACGACUUCCUGCUAAACAUUACUCUAUCCGCUAUAACCGAUUUUGGAUGGUGGGCCGCGAACGACACCUUGACCACACAAUGGGAGACCAUAAAUGUCUACAGCUUCUCGAAACCUUUCAACCUGAUCAUCCCGUACUUCUUUUCCCUAUUCCUAACUAUCCCUAUUUUGGCCAUUGGCAGCUUUGCAUUAAAACGAAAUGGCGUGGCGGCCAUUGAUGGCGGCUUCACACAGCUUGUUACAACGACGACUGGAAGCGCGACACUGGAAAGGGCUGCAGCGGGAGGAUGUUUGGGGGGCGAUGAAAGUGUUCCUGUGAGUCUGAAGGAACUGAGGGUGAGGUUUGGGGAGUUGGUGAGUGAGGAGAAGGAGGGCUUGGUUAGACGGGCUGGGUUUGGGACGGCGGAGGAGACGAUACCUUUAGCCAAAGGAGAGCUCUACGGUAUAUAAAUAGAUAUUGGCCAUAUCUGCAACUUGGUAUUUUACAUUUCCAACUAAUACGGUGCACCAUUUCAAUCUCCCCUCAUUCAUUACCC